AAAGCAUUUACUCCCCAAGUCCCACUCCCACUCCCCCAACCACGUUGUUGUUCUUCCACUGUUCUCUCUCUUCACGUGCUGAUCAUGUGACUAAACCCCUCUAUUCUCGGCGUCCCCUUCUUUGGCGGCCUCUCUUUCCUUUUUCUGUUCUCACCUUUACUUUCACUAAUCAUUACUACUAACUAUCUUCUUGUUAUCCAUUUUCCACUACUCAUUAGCUACUAAAGGUUCAAACUUUCUUGAUUCUUGAAGGUUUGAGUUAAAGAAACUGUUUGUAAGUGUGCAUUUUUGUCUAUGUGAGCUGAUGAAAUAUGGGCUGUUUACAGUCCAAAACUGCAAAUGUUCAGUCCCCUGAUAAAGAACCUUCUCAAGAUGACUCAAAAACAGAUCUUGCUAAUGGGGAUCAAGUAGACCAAGAUCAAGUGCCUGCAUUCAAGGAAUUUAAUCUUGCCGAACUUCGAGCAGCUACAAAUGGCUUUAGUAGCGAAUUAAUAGUUUCUGAAAGUGGUGAGAAAGCUCCCAACGUUGUCUACAGAGGGAAGCUUCGUAGCAACAGGCUAGUUGCCAUCAAGCGAUUCUCUAGACAGUCGUGGCCUGACGCUCAACAGUUUGUGGCAGAGGCAGCUGGAGUUGGCAAGGUUCGGCAUAAGAGAUUGGUGAAUCUAAUUGGUUGUUGUGCAGAGGGAGAUGAACGCCUAUUGGUUGCAGAAUACAUGCCUAAUGAUACUCUCUCAAAGCAUCUCUUCCACUGGGAGAAACAACCAGUGCCCUGGGAGAUGCGAGUAAGAGUUGCAUACUAUAUUGCACAGGCUCUGGAUCAUUGCAGUGCUGAAAACAGAAAGAUAUAUCAUGAUUUGAAUGCUUACAGAGUUCUUUUUGAUGAGGAAGGCGAUCCUCGAUUAUCUAGUUUUGGUCUAAUGAAAAACAGCAGAGAUGGAAAGAGCUAUAGCACCAAUCUUGCUUAUACACCUCCUGAGUUUUUGCGCACAGGCCGGGUAAUCGCAGAAAGUGUGAUGUACAGCUAUGGAACCGUUCUGCUGGACCUUUUGAGUGGAAAACAUAUCCCACCAAGCCAUGCACUAGACUUAAUUAGGGGUAAAAAUGUGUUGUUAUUAAUGGAUUCAUCCUUGGAAGGACAAUAUGCUGAUGAAGAUGCAACAGCAUUGGUUGAACUUGCUUCAAAAUGUCUUCAGUAUGAGGCUAGGGAUCGGCCUGAAAUCAAAUUCAUUCUUAAUGCAGUGGAGCCUCUUCAGAAGCAGAAGGAGGUUGCAUCACAUGUUCUGAUGGGUCUAACAAAAACUCCAGUGGUGCUUCCAACCAUGCUCUCUCCUCUUGGAAAGGCUUGUGCAAGGAUGGACCUCACUGCCGUCCAUGAUAUCUUGCUAAAAACUGGGUAUAAAGAUGAGGAGGGUGCUGAAAAUGAGCUCUCAUUCCAAGAAUGGACGCAACAAGUACAAGAUAUGUUAAAUACCAAGAAAUUUGGGGAUAUUGCUUUUCGGGACAAGGACUUCAAGAGUGCAGUUGACUAUUACUCUAAGUCACGAGACAUCGAAGAAACUGUGGAAAAGAUUGGGAUGAUGUUUACUUUCAUUCGUCAGGUUGGUAUCAAUGAUGCCUGCCCCUUCCGGCACUGUUUUUGUGAGGCGAGCCCUUUCCUACAUGAUGAAUGGGCAAGCAGAACUUGCACUAAGGGAUGCUAUGCAAGCCCAGGUUUGCUUGCCUGAGUGGCCUACUGCAUUCUAUAUGCAGGCUCUUUCCCUAUCCAAACUUGGCAUGGAAACUGAUGCUCAAGACAUGCUCAACGACGGAGCUUCCUUUGAAGCAAAAAAGUUAAACAGUUGGCGUAAUUGAUUCUGGCACGUUUGGUGGAUCAAGAACCUCACCACCCUUUACCAAAGCUAGAGAUAGCUAUAGUAAGGAUGAGACGGAAUACUAAAGGGGAACCAAAGGUAAUGUGGUGUUUAGGGGUUAUAUUUAUCUCGGCCCUCGCUCUUUUGUAGCCAAUACAGUUCCAUACAGAAAAUGUAUAAAUCACUCUAGUGUAAUCCCUUAUAGCUUAUUCCGUUCCGCGAUGAAUGCCAAUUCUUAGUUUUGAAACUCUUCAAGAGUUCUUUCUUUGUCAUGUUUGGGUAAACAUUACUGCCAUUGUCUGUGUUGCUAUUUAUGGUUAUUUUACCUGUUGAUCGA